AUGGCAUUUCCGAUUCAAUUCCCUCCGGCUCGAACAAUAAUCACAGUUAUGGCGUUGCUUAAUCAUCUUUCUACGCUCGAAAACUUCAUCGCUGCUGUUAACAAAUGUCUGAAACUGAGAGCAUUACAUAAGAACGAGAAAUUGCUUUUCACCGCAACAAAUUUACUGAAGUUGAUUGGAGUGCGAGUUUUCAUCACUGUAAUCAUCUCUCAUCUGUGGGCGGAGUUUGUACUGAAGAAGGUGGAGGAGAAGCUCGGUUGGACAACUUUUACCUCGCUCUUUUAUUCUGUUAUUGUGAUUGAUGUCGGCCUAGAUCGCUAUGCUUUAGACACCGGCUUCCCUGAAGCAGCGGUGAUGCUUUCCGUUAGAUUUAUCAUCACCUUUCACAAAUGGGAACUGAAGAAUGGAGAGACUGCUUCAGAGCUGCUAUGUGGGAAGAUCUCUUUCUGGUGUACAUUGGCGUUAAAAUGGAUCGAACCAUCUCAUUACGUGUCUUUGGAAGUCUACAAAACGCAUAAAAAGUUGACGGAGAUUGAAACGGAACUCAAACAGACCAGAGCAGACCUUGCUGAGCUCCGUUUACAGCUGCACCUUCCAAGCCGAUGCUCAUCAGAUUCCGAUGCACCCGAUCGAGCCAGGUCAUAUCCAUGCCACGUAAUGAGGCAGAUCGUAUCAACUCAACAGAGUCUUUCUAUCCGAGUCAUCGAGUCUUAUGUGAAAAAAUAUUAAAAAAUGUGAUG